AUGGCAGGUGUUGUUCAUCGCUACCACAGGUUGGGAAGGAGAAAAUACCGUGAAAGAAUGUAUGCUGAGCGUGCCAAACCACUUGCACAAUAUACUACAGAGGAACUGUAUGCCCGUUUUCGCUUUGGGAGGGAUGAUAUCAAGUACAUUGCAUACCUUGUCAGGCCAAAGGUACAGCACAAAACCAAAAGGAGUCAUGCUCUGUCUGUGGAGGAACAGUGCCUAAUUGCACUGCGCUUUUAUGCCUCUGGGACUUUCUACCAGGUUGUUGGUGACAAUAUGGGAGUGGACAAAUCAACUGUUAGUAAUGUGGUGAAAGCUGUCUCAGUUGAAUUGGCCAGUCUGGUCAAUGAGUUUGUUUCAUUUCCCAAGGAUGACCAGAUGGCGCAAACUAAGCGAAGUUUCUUUCUUUUGGGGAACAUGCCUAAUACUAUUGGUGUUAUUGAUUGUACUCGUGUGCACAUUCAAGCGCCUCAUGAAAGGGAGUGGCAGUAUGUGAACCGAAAAGGGAGGCACAGCAUUAAUGUCCAGCUUGUGGCCAACGCUGACCUCAUCAUCACAAACUGUGUUGUCAAGUGGCCAGGGUCUGUCCAUGAUGCACGUAUCCUGAGGGAGAGCGCACUAUACAGAAAGCUCCAGUCCAACCGACCAAAUGGCAUAAUAUUGGGUGACAGUGCUUAUCCACUCCUACCAUGGCUGAUGACCCCUUUUCCAGCUGCAAACACACCUGAGCAGGCAGGGUUCAACUCUGCACAUUGCAAAACAAAAUGCACAAUUGAGCUCUUAAAUGGAGUCCUGAAGAGGCGCUUUGCAUGCCUUAAUUACUUGCGGGUGGAACCCAAGGUGGCAUGUAAUAUAAUACUAGCCUGUAUUGUCCUGCAUAACAUUGCCACCAGGCGUAAUGUUCCUCUUGAUGACAUAUAUGAUGGACCUGAGCCUGAUGAAGUGCAACCAGAGCAACCUCCAAUGUUUACUCCAAACGAGGGCCAGACUGGAAGUGUGAUCAGGGAUGCAAUUGUAAGACAUUACUUCUGA